AUGCCGUUUGAUGUCCUCAUUGUGGGUGGAGGGCCAGCAGGAUUGGCCGCAGCGAUACGUCUCAAGCAGCUGAGUCUAGAAAAGCAGAAAGAUCUUUCAGUCUGUGUGAUUGACAAGGGAAGUGAAAUUGGUGCCCACAUUCUAUCUGGGAACGUCUUUGACCCCAAAGCCAUGCAUGAACUCUUUCCCGACCAGGCAGAUCCGUCUUCCGAUACACACUGGACGAAAGAACUGGAAGCGACCCAGAAUUCCGUCGCCACGCCGGUGACUGACGACGAAUUUCUAGUCCUGACCGAGACUGGGAGCACCAAAAUUCCGAACUUUUUGUUGCCACCCCAGCUCGACAAUCACGGUAAUUACAUUGUCUCCCUUAGUCAAAUUUGUCGCUGGAUGGCGGGUAAAGCGGAAGAACUAGGUGUGGAAAUCUAUCCCGGCUUUGCAGCCUCCGAAGUGUUGGUGGACCAAGAAACCAACGCUGUCAAGGGAAUUGCUACGCGAGAUGUGGGCAUCGCCAAGAACGGAACCCACAAACCCACAUUCGAACGAGGAGUAGAACUACACGCCCGACAAACUCUCUUGGCGGAAGGGGCCCGCGGAUCGUGCUCCGAAUACGUCAUGGAAGCCUUUGAUCUGCGCAGGGAUUGUCAACCACAAACGUACGGUCUGGGACUAAAGGAAGUAUGGCAGGUUCCACCUGAAAGCUUCCAAAAAGGAUUAGUACAGCAUACACUUGGGUACCCUCUUCAGUCCGGCCCUUUGGAUAAAAAUUUUGGUGGAAGCUUUUUGUAUCACCAAGAACCAGAUUUGGUGUUGAUUGGUUUGGUGGUUGGUCUCGACUACGCCAACCCGUAUUUGAAUCCUUAUCAGGAGUUCCAAAGAUGGAAAUCCCAUCCGGAUAUUCGUAAGCAUUUGGACGGUGGAACGUGUGUCUCGUAUGGCGCCCGAGUUUUGAAUGAAGGCGGAUGGCACGCUGUUCCAAAACUCAGUUUUCCAGGCGGGGCACUUUUGGGGUGUGGCGCGGGAUUUUUAAACGCAGUCAAAAUCAAAGGUUCACACACGGCUAUCAAAUCUGGUAUUUUGGCGGCAGAAGCCGCCUUUGAUGCAUUAAAAGAUGGAGACUCCGUAGCUGAAAUUGGGGAAUUACCAGAGACUGGUCCUAUUGAAUUGACGACGUACGAAACUGCAGUUAGAUCGUCCUGGAUUAAGGAUGAGCUGUAUCAAGUCCGAAACACUCACGAGGCAUUUUCGCGCUGGGGUGUUGGUGGUGGGCUUAUCUACACCGGAUUGACAACUCACGUGUUGAAAGGCCAGGAACCGUGGACAUUGAAACACUUGACAAAAGACUGUGAAAAAACGGAGGCGGCGGCCAAUCAUAAGCCCAUCGAAUAUCCCGCACCAGAUGGAAAGCUAACGUUUGAUUUAUUAACGAAUCUACAACGAGCUGGCACCUUCCACGAAGACGACCAACCAAGUCAUCUCCGAAUUAAACCUGAGCAAGCCGAGAUUCCGAAAAAGACAUCGCUACAGGUAUAUGCUGGUCCUGAACAGCGCUUCUGUCCAGCGGCUGUGUAUGAAUACGUCGACGUCGUAAACACAAAAGGAAAAGAGCUGGUAAUCAAUGCGCAGAACUGUAUUCAUUGCAAAUGCUGUUCAAUUAAAACGCCGAAAGAAUAUAUUCGAUGGUCUGUCCCAGAAGGGGGCGGAGGUCCGCAAUAUCAGAUUAUGUGA